AUAGUACUUUAUUAAUAUAGGGCUUACGUCUCCAUUAUGUGGAAGCUGGAGAUAGAAAUAAACCAUUAGUAUUACUCCUGCAUGGCUUUCCAGAUUUUUGGUACAGUUGGAGACAUCAGAUCCCUAGAUUGGCUCAAAAAUAUUGGGUGGUAGCUGUAGAUUUGAGAGGAUAUGGAGAAUCUGAUCAUCCUUCAGAUGUGAAAGCUUACCUAAUUAAAGAAUUAUACGAAGAUGCCAACGAACUUAUUACAUCUUUUGGAAGAGAUUCAGCUAUAGUUAUUGGUCACGAUUGGGGUGGCAUAAUAGCUUGGUAUCUUGCCAUUUUGCAUCCUGAGAAAGUUAAGAAAUUAAUUAUCAUCAAUAGUCCUCAUCCAAGAGCUUUUUCUUCUGUUGUAAGAAGAAGCUUGAAACAAUUUCUUAUGAGCUGGUAUAUGUACUUCUUUCAAUUACCAUUUCUACCCGAGAUUUAUAUUCGAGCCAACAAUUUAUCUACUUUAUCAAAGAUAUAUCAGGGAAAAAACAAAAACCGUUGCACUGAUGAAGAACUGGAAUGCUAUAAACACGUGUUCUCCCAACCAGGUGCACUUACUCCUCCUUUAAAUUAUUAUAGAGCAAAUUUAAAAACUGUAGAUAAAAAUGAAAAAGACCUAACUGGCAAAGGUAAAGUGGAUACCCCAACUUUAAUAGUUUGGGGUGAUCGUGACAUAGCAUUAUCAACAGAUUUGGUUAAAGCUUCUAUAAAACAUUGCAACAAUUUGAAAAUAGAAAUGAUAGAAGGUGCUGGUCAUUGGGUACAUCACGAGAGACCUGAAACAGUUAACAACCAUAUUGAGAAUUUUUUGAAAAGUUAAUUUUCUACAUGUUGUCACAUAACACUUAUGUAAGGUUUUUUCUAGAAUUUUGAUAAUGUACAUCACAAAAAUAUUUGUUUAUUAAAUUUGAAUCUUUAAAAGUG